AUGCAGGGAUCUCAUGGUCUGUCCCUUGUUCUCUGUCUGUUCACUAGCCUCCCGAGUCUAAACAUGUCCGUCUGUCAGGAUUCGCGUGAGGCAUUCCACAUUGGAGCACGAGGCAGAGCAAAAGGUAGGAGAGAAGAUACAGACUGGGAAAGUCAGAAACAGGGCUCGAGGGCGAAGGAGAGAAGAAGAGAGCGCAGCAUACCUCGCAGCCUAUCGGAGAAUCCACCCCCAGCCUCGUUGGGAUGUAGGCUUUGGCCACCGGUAUCGAGGGCCGUCCCAGACAUCGUGGAAGCCAAUCACAAUCAGAUGGCCGAUACUUUUCCCGUAUUUGUCGUAACCGUGGCCGCCGUUUUAGCCGCUCAUGGGCAGGUGUUCCGGCUGUCUGUCUGCUAA